AUGAUUGUGCGGUGCAGCAUAGGGCAGCAGUGGCUGCCACCAGGCGAUGGGCAAGAUGGGGCAGACGUUGGGGUUGCAGAGGGAGUGGGAGAGGCAGGCUGGUGGCAUUGCUGCUCUGUGGAAUGGAUGGAGACCAUGGAAGAAGACUGCAUGGUGAGCAGGUGGGAAUUGCCAGGGCGCAUUGUGCCAAAAAAAAUUGGAGUGGGGAUGGAGAGGUCCAGAAUCCAGCAUGACAGUGUCAGGGCUGUGCAGGUGACACGGCAUGGAAGGAGUGCAGUCUGGGGAUGCAGGCAUGGAGCUGCAGCAAGUGGUGGUGUGGAGUAA